CCUAUGUUCUGUUGGUGAUGUUCCAUGUCAGAUAAAUUUUAUCGUCUAUCUUAUCUGAGAGACAUGAUGCAGAAAGAUAAUUCUGAAAAAUCUAAUUACUUCUAUUAAAUACAACAACAAAUACAAAAUACCUGAUUAGUGCCACGAAAGUGAAAAAUAGGCUUAACAGUAUCCGUACACCGUUCAGGUUUUUUCUGGGAUAAUUUCCUUGAAUCAGGCUCCUGUUGGUCUUGGAUAGUUUUAUGUUUUUCAUCAUUUUGAUCUCUUCAAGAAAAUGAAUAUCUACAGCAGUGUCCACACUUUUCUUCUGCUUAUAUUCGGUUUAUCGACAGCCCUUUCUUAUCAUCUCCAAAAACAUGGGGAGCAGUGCCCAGGAUUAUACCCUUAUACUUACACUGGGAAUAUCCCUAGAGGAAACCUGUCUGCAGGACAUUAUGAAAAAAUUGACAGUAUAACCCGAUUAGAGGAUUGUGUAUUGGAAUGCUGCCUCAAAGACACAUGCAAUGUAGCAUUUAUGAAUAAAGAUAAAUGCUAUCAUAUUGAAUGCAAAAGUGAUGAACUUUGUUUGCCUACUCCCAGUGAUAAGCCUGAAGCUUCACCAUUUUUGUCAAUGGUACUUGUUAAACCAACUGGCCCCUAUAGCUGGGAAGAUAUAAUACAGCAAGAUCCAGCAUCAAAUACAGAAAUGGAUGGUAAAUGGCAGACUAUUUUGAAAGACUUAUUGAAAGAGUCUACAUAUGGUAAUGACAUGUAUUGUGAAGUAGGUGCUGACAAUAUGUGUGCCCUAAAUGAAAUCUGUGUACCACAGCAUGUAAAAUCUAGAUCUGGCAUUUGUCAAUGUGUAGAAGGCUAUAUGAGACGCCAUACUGGAGAGUGUGCCCCAGUGUUAUUAGGACAACCAGUCUUACAUGAUGAACCAUCUGUGGCUGAUUUGAUCACAGAAAGAAUUUUGGAAAAGACACCUGUAAACAGAAGUGCACCUGUCACUAAAAAACAGCUCACUGUUGUAGCAGAAUCUAAGGAGGUGAGGCUACCUGUGAACAAUGCAACUUUAUAUGCUAGAGUAAGCCCUGAUGAUCCAGAAGCUCAUUAUCAAUAUGAGUGGAUCUCAUUGCAUCAACCAAAGGACAGCACAGCUGUGAAACAUCAAAAUGGUGGUCAGUUGCAACUAGAUAAGCUUACAGAAGGUGUCUAUUCAUUCAAGGUAACUGCAGCAAAUCCUUCUGCUUAUGGUGAGACAUUUGUAAAUGUAACAGUAUUGCCUGCCAAAAGAAUCAACCAACCACCCAGCAUUAUUAUAACUCCUGCUAACCAAACUAUAAAACUACCAAAUUCCGUGGCCGUAUUAGAUGCUUCUUCUUCCAAAGAUGAUGAUGCUAUCAUAGCUUGGCAUUGGGAACUACAGCAAGCACCUUUAGGGUAUGAGCCGCAACUAAAAGACAGUCCUACUUUGCAACUAAACGAUUUGAAUAAGCCUGGUAACUACAGCUUUAAAUUGACAGCAACAGAUAGUGAUCAUGUUACAAGCAGUGCUACUGCUAACAUAACAGUUUUGGCUGUCACUGACUAUCCACCUGAAGCCAAUGCAGGAGAAGAUAAAAUAAUUUAUCUGCCACACAACUCAAUAACCUUGAAUGGUAGUCUGAGUACUGAUGAUCAUGCAAUCACAACUUGGGAAUGGACAAAAGCUGGAAACGAUGCCCAAAAGGCUGUUGAUAUGCAAGACACAAGAACGCCAUACUUACAACUGUCGAAUCUUGAAGAGGGCAUUUACACUUUUGCCUUGAAGGUUACAGAUAGUGCAAACCAAUCAAGCACAGCGCAGGUACAUGUGUUCGUGAAACCACCAACUAACAAACCUCCAGUAGCCUCAGCAGGUCAGAACCAGACAAUCAGCCUGCCCCAGACAUGGGUGGUUCUGGAUGCUAAUGGCAGUACCGAUGACAACAAAAUCAUGGCAUUCAAAUGGGAGCAAAUCGAAGGACCUUCGCAUGUGACGUUUGAAAAUGUCAACGCCAGCAAAACGAACGUGACAGGUCUAACGAAGGGCGUGUAUCAGUUUAAGGUCAGCGUUACAGAUGAUAACAAGAAUGUGGCUAGUGAUAAGGUGUAUGUCACUGUCAAUCAGAAUAAGAACCAAAAACCGACAGCCAAUGCCGGUGCUGAUUUCGAAAUUGAGCUCCCAAAGAACGUCGUUAUGCUGAACGGCUCAAACUCAAAAGACGAUUGGGCCAUCGUAAAAUGGAAAUGGACCAGAAACGAAAAAUCAUUGGCUUUGGGCAGCAUCGCAGAGAAAACGGACGAAUCACCCGUUUUAAUAUUGACAGAUUUGGCAAUCGGAAAAUAUAUCUUCAACUUGACAGUGUACGAUGAGCAAGGCCUGAGUGACACGGAUACUGUAACAUUUGUUGUCAAAAAUGAUCCUAGAAUAUUCUAUUUGGUCGAAAUUACAAUAAAUGUUGAUGCGAAGGUGUUGACAGAAGCCCAAUAUAAUAAUGUCAAAGGCAAACUUGCCUUGUUGAUGAGCGAUGGAUCUAAGUUACAGGUUCGAAGUGUGAAGCCUCAACCAGCAACCUCUAAAGCCGUGGUUACCUUUUAUGUAGAGGGAGUUGAUGGUAAAUUGAUCCCAGCAAAUGAUGUGGUGCAUCACCUUAGGAAUAAAUUAAGAGUUGAUGCAAGUCUUUUAGGCUUUUCUGUCGCGAAUUUAAGGACGGCAGUGUGUCAAAAUGACUGCUCAGGUCAUGGGGUAUGUGAUGAGGUCACGAGACGUUGUAGGUGUGAAGCAUUUUGGAUGCAAGACUUGUUUAAGGUGUACCUAGAAACUGAUCAGGAUUCAGAUUGCAGCUGGAGCAUAUUGUAUGUUGUCUUGGGAAUGAUUUGCAGUGUGUUGAUAUUCCUGGGUACCUUAUGGGGAAUGGUACACCUGUGUUAUACUUGGUGUAACAAAAAACAGUCAUCUUCUAAACCAACCAACUAUAAACUUAUUGAAGACACCGAGGAUUUACCACCAUUUUCAGCACGGAAAAGUAACCUGUCAGACAGCGACACCGAUUCAGAUGUGGUGUUCGAAUCACGCUCGAAACCCUCGAGGAACGGCGGUCACUACAAACAGACCCGAAACGGUUUCAACAAGAUGGGCCGUCGCGUGAAGACCUAGUUCAAAAGGAGGCAGCGACGUACGUCUCGUGCCUAAGUACCACCAGUCCUUUGUGAUUUUACUUGAGUAUUCUUAUUUCGUUACCGUUGCGAUUUUUUGAGUUCCUUUGGUAAUUUAGGUUCCCGUGUUCAGGUGACAAGUUAUAGGUACACUUUCCAAAGAGCUCUAGCGCGACUCGGUGGGUUCCGAAUUGAAUGCUUUUCGCACACCAAUAGGAACUUCUUCACCCAUGGAUAUUCAUCGUCAGUUGACAGAGGCGUAUGACGACAAGCGUUUAACACGUCUGAACGUGAUAGAGGGAUUUUGGUGCUUAGAAACAGAAGGAUCACCAUCCGUGAAGUUGUUGCUCAGAUUCCUGGAAGUUCACGGAGGGCGAUUUAUCUGUUUUAAAGCACCUUGCGUAGGACCGUCUCGAUAACCGCCUUCUUUCUUCGUAGUGGACUUCUUUCCGACCAGCAAUAAGUUCCCUGCAUCACUUUCAGACGUGCAGGUGGAGCUUCUAUGGUGUACAAAAAGUGAAUUACGGAACAAAUCCCGCACUUGGCGGGAUUAACAGCGGGAACCCCAAUAUUAAACGGAUAUUGAGCGAAUAAUAAGCUGCUUCGCGAAGCGCGACCAAGGGAAAUUUAGAGUGGCGGAAUAACUGCGCGCAGCGGUGUUGCAGGAUUUCGCCUCGCACCUUCCCGUGUGGCUGAAUCGCUUUGAGAGCAAUAUUUCUGUAUCAACCCUCGUAGUUGGAAGGCUGGCUAUAUGACGACCCUCCUGGCUAAGAGCAUUAACGAUUUUUUUCCUGAAAAUAGCCAACUAUAUACUGCGGCAUCCAAAAAUGGAUCUGAAAGAUACUAUUGCCAUCUAUGAGACAGUAGUAUCACAGAAAAAGGAAUUUUGAAAUCUACUUUGAAAAAAGUUAGAAUGUUUAUUAUUGCUACUGUUUCACACAUGGCGCUGAGAUCGUUAAUCACUUUAUGGCCUCUCUAACGCCUAUUUUCAGUUGAAAUACAUUAAUCAUUGUCUGAAAAUAAAAUAGGCAUUAGAGAGUCCAAUAAUAAUAAUCUUUAUUGUCCAAAAUUUUCCCAUUUACAGGACAAUAACACAUAAGCAUAGCAUAAAACCAAAUUGGAUGAAUAGGAAUUGUUGCGAUUAAAUAUGAAAUAGGACAUCCGGUAAAUGGCCACCAUUAAACCUCUGGCACAGGGUCAGGCUAUUCUUAAAAUUCUGUAUAACGUUUUCGCACAACUGUGGCUCUAUUUCGUCGAUAACGCGCCUUAUCUCUUCUUUAAGGCGUUCAACUGUUUGUUGCUUGUUCGCAUACACCUUUUCCUUCACAUAUCCCCAGAGGAAGAAGUCCAUUGGCGUUAGAUCGCAUGAUCUUGGUGGCCAAUUUUUAUCGCCAAGUCGAGAGAUGACACGGUCUGAAAACUUGGACCGCAGUAACACCAUUGUUUCGCGUGCUAUGUGACAGGUCGCACCGUCUUGUUGGAAGAACAUAUCCUCCAAAUCAAUUCGAUUCAACUGGGGUCACAAAAACUCGGUCAACAUUUCGCGAUACCGCGCACCAUUAACAGCUACCGCAGUUCCUGCUGCUUCGAAGAAAUACGGUCCAAUCACUCCACCACUCCACAACGUGCACCAAACGGUAACUCGCGGCGGAUGCAUUGGUUAUUACACGAGGUUUUCAGAACCCCAAAUUCCGCAGUUCUGCUUAUUGACGUACCUGUUCAGUUGAAAAUGUGCCCCAACAGAGAAAAUGAUUUUCUUCGAGAAAUCUGCAUCAAUUUGGUGGUGCUCCAGCGCCCAAUCAACUAAUUCACGGCGCUGCGCGUGGUCCGUUGGCUUGAGUUCUUGCGUCAGUUCAACCUUGUACGAAUGUAAGCACAGAUCUUUGAUCAAAAUUCGUUGCAGACUAGGUCUAGUAAUGUUCAAUUCUUGGCCACGAUGCCGAAUGGAAGUGUCUGGAUUCUCGGCCACACUUUCCCGCAGUGCGACUAUAUUUUCGAGGGACCGACCAGGACGGCGACGAACAGUGGUCUCCACAUUCAGCAACGUGAAUUUUGUCUCAAAUUGUGUAAUUCAACGGCGAACUCAUUUGGCGAACUGUUUCCGCGUCAUUUAUUAUUAUUACGCGAAGCAUCAAUACGUUUAACUUCUAGAACAAAUAUAAAGCAGACAUUUACAAUAAACAUGUAAUAAAAGUUAAAUGCCAGACAUAUUAAGAAAAGGUUGGCCCAUUUACGGGAUUUCUCUGUCCAAGUACAAAGGACCAAAUUCAUUAGUUUUGAAAUACUGUCAAAAUUUAUAUCACAAUCAGCAGAAUUUAAUUUUUCACACAUAGUCAAUACUGGCGACUUUAGAAGCAAAUUAGUUCUCGCUUUCUCAUAAUGUUUUGGUAUUUCUAGUUCCCCAACAAGUCACAAGAAAAUUAAUACUCGAUAAAAUUACGCUGGCAUCUAAGUUAUUAUGAAAAAGUUUAUAUAAACUGAAAGAAUUAAAUUUGCGUCUUAAAUCCAGACUUUAUAAUUUAAAUCUACAAUUAAGGCUCAUAUCGUCAGUCGUCCCUACAAUUGUAGGGCGCGUUUAUGGCCUCCUUGAUUGUCAUACUCCUUUCUCUCCUUCAAAAAUUACUAGCUUACACUUGUCCCGUAUCAGCGGCAGCGCUCUCCUAUUGUGAAGAUAUGUUUUCUUUUUAAAUUGUAGGAAAUUUCAGGCUGAUAAAACAUGAUAUAACUCAAAAGCAAGCACAAUUUGAUGCAAAUAGAUGUUUGUGACAUAACCUCAAAAUAGAGUUCUGACACGAAGAAGUAGAAAACUAUGACAAUCAAGGCGCCCUACAAUUGUAGGGACGACUGACGAUACGGGCCUUAGGUGCUCAUAAAGUGCAUUCCUAGGAGGAUAAGUACCGUCAGUCUUGUAAGCGAGAGGUUCCAAAAAGCGCCGUUGUGCUUCCUAAAUUGCCAUUUUAUUUUUUGAGUAAUGGAGAUACCAAAUAAUUGACGAAUAUUCCAAUUUUGAGCAGACAAAGGUCAAAUACAUUGUUGCAAGAGCCUUAACAUUAGUGAAAGACCGAAGGUUUGUCACCAUGAAUCCAUACGCCUUUAAUGCGGCAUUAACCAUUAUUGAGAUAUGCUCAACAAAAGACAAUUGAGUUAAAAACAGCUCCCAGAUCUUUAUUUUUAGAUUUUUUUCUGCUAUAUAUACAUUUUACAUUCAAUGCAAGUUUGUUCACUUGACACCAAGUCUGAAUAUUAUGCAACUCCAACUGUAAUGUAUGACAGUCCCCUAUACUUGUAAUAGUUGGGAAACAUUUCAAAUCGUCAGCAUAAAGUUUAUUACAAUUGAGAGAAUCACGCACACGUGAUUUAUAAAUAAUGUUAAAAGCAGUGGCAAGAUUUGGUGUGUAUGCCAACAAGGGAUUAAAGAUCCUAGCACCAUCUAUAAAGUAGUAGCAGAACCAUACACUCCAACUCUUUUCAAAAUAGAUUUGUAAAUUCAUUUUUUGUGUUCUGCUGUAUCAUACAUGGCACUUGAACCCUUUAGAUCCAUUUUUUGACAUCGGAAUGCAGUGUAUGGUUGCCUAUCUUCAUGUAGAAUAUGUGAGGAUUAGUGCCUCUUCAGGUAAGAUAUUUCAUGUAUCAAGACAUGCUAAAAGACAUAAAAGGGUUACAAAUGUGGUUGGUUCUAAUGGGUGUGUAUUUCUUUGCAUACACUUACUAUUGCAAUUUCUUGUUAGAAGUAAUCUAGGGAAAAAGGGUGGGUAAGGAUAUAUUGUCACAGUCCUAACAAUUUCUCAAGAAAGUGCAUUAUUCCCGUUUAGUCUAGUCAAUAUAAUGAGGAAAAUAGUCGUACCAUUUGCUAUCCUGAACUCAGAAUGAUAUAGUGGGAACCUUGUGAUAAUUUCUUUUUAUUUUAUAUGGAUUACUAAACUUACCUGUUUUAUUGGUGAUCGAAUAUGAUUAUUUUAAAAUUGUAUUUUAAAUCAAUAUAAAUGAAUUUAUUUUAGCUAAAUGAUCCAUUAUUAUAUUAAAAGGUUUUGGCAGACACCAAUUAGCGAUUUUUUACAUUUAAAUUUAUGAAUUGGCAGGUAAAUGUCAAAUAGUCAAACGUUUCUGUAUGCGGUAUUUGUAAUUGCCAAAACUGUCGCAUGUGUCAUACAAAUUUUGUUCGGCAUUAGACUUAAUGAAUGUAGUUUUCUAAGUGGAAUAUUAUGUACUUAUUUUUGAAAGCUUUGGCUUUGAAAAAGCAAUGUGAGUUCUCAACAUGUGCAGGGUGUUGAUUUUUAAGCUAUACGAAAACGUCAGUUCAUGAAUGAAAUAUGUUCUUUCUGUUGGAAUAACGGCGGAGAAUCUAUACUAUAUAAAUAUUUCAGAGUAUACUUGAAUCGGUGAGUGUAAUAACGAUAAAGUCCAAAAAUACGAAUUUGAGAUAAUCACAAAAAAGUGUUUUGUUUGAAAACUAUAUAAUAUACAAGAAAUAUAUACAUUGCAAGUUUGUAGACAAUUAAGUUCUCUGAACGAAUGUAAAGUGAAUUAUCAAUUAUUUUUUGUAAUAAAUAAUCUACAUGUCAAAACGUCACUAGGAUUUAUACGGUUUUUCCGCCCAACUUUAAACAUGCCUCAAAUCAUGAAUUUAAUUAGUAAAUAAAACUACAAAUUAGAAUGCUUUUUAUUAUUUAAUGUACAUUUAACCUAAAUACACUUAGAUACGAUGAAAAGAACAUAUUUAUGAUAUACUAUAAUACAAUAAAAAUAGUUUUAUUAGUCCGCCUCAGUUGCCUCACAUUCAGCGUUGGUGGUUUCCCAUGAAGUAAUAUGGUAAUAGAUUCCAAUAUUUCUGACGACAUAUAUUGCAGGACUUUUUUUAGAUUAUCAAUUUUCUUUAUAUUUAUUGGUAAUGUCUUUGAAUAUGCAGGGUUAGUUGGUAAAGUUGGCAUGGCUUUAGGUUUGAUUAAUUUAAAACAUUGCGACACAAAUCCUCCGAUAUAGUCGCUAGUGAUGAGGUAUCCAGGUGUAGAACUAUCAUAAGUAAACUGCCUGUAAUUUGAUAGUGUAAAUUUGGAUUUUAUUUCAUCUGAAGAUUGACAAGUUUUUUUGUAAUAUUUGGGCCACCAAGUUUUGUAAUCAGUUAUAUCUUUAUAACAUAUUGUUGAUACAGUAAACGGCUUUACUUUGCGGCAAGAGAGCAUCAUGUUUUCAUAAUCUUCUGGAAGAUAUAUACGAUCAUGUUUUCUUAUCACUCUCUUAAGACAUCCGAAGUCCCUGUCGCACGGUAAAAAAGAGUGACCACGCAAUGGGAAGUAGUGAUAAAUUUCGCGAAAUCUUUUUGAAGCUGCAAGUGCUAAUAAAUAUCUUAUUACGGUAUUAUUCCGGUUUUGGCCCGGGCAACCGUCCGAAAAUAUGUGCAGCUCUUGAAUCUCCGCUGGCAUUUUCUGCACAUAAUCAUUGAUAAACGUGCAUACCUCAUUGGGUCCCUUCGCGGCUUGUCCCUCAUGGUAUGUAUAAAAAUGUCCAGUAUCAUUUUUUAAAUCGUGUAUUUCAAACCCAUAUAGCCGUAGUUGCCUGUAAUAAAACAUUUCCUGGACAGGUAUAACAGGCAGCGGCAUAUUUUGAAUAUAGUCAAAAACUAUUCCACCAACAUCUUCUCGUUCAUGGCACAGAUCAGUGACUUCCUUUAGCUUUGAGUAAAAUUUUUUAGCUCGACGCUUAUGAACCAUUAAUUCGGCAGCAGCAACUCUCUUAGCGUUGUCGUUUAACUUUGAAUCCUUAAGUUUUGUUGUUAAUUCCUCGCAUUGUCCACAUACAUCUACUUGAGGCCUCCCGAAUUUUAAUGCAAAAUUCUCUUUAAAGAAUUUUAAGUAAAAUUCAUAUUUAACUAUCUUUGUUAAUUCCGGGUGUAAUUUUACAAAGAGAUUAUACAUAGUCUUAACGUUAAGAUUUGAAUCAAGAUAGUGAAUUUCUUUAGAGCUGAAGUGAGAAGUCCUUCGUGGAAACGAUUCAAUGUGAUGAUGGAUUUUGGAAGUAACCUGAGGUUGUAAUGUAUGAGGUCGAUUAUUAUGCGUACCACGUAAAUCUCUAGGUGAACUCUGAGACACGAACAAUCUAUUUAGUCGUUGUAGUCUAGAGUUCGAGAUUGAAUGUAGAUUAAGAAAGGCUGUUUUGCAAACACGUUGUUUCUCUAAAGGUUUUCGUAUGUAAUAAGAAAAACUCGCUGUCCUGAGUUUUUCUCUGGCCUCUUUAUUUGGUCGCUUCCUAACGACUGGUUUACAUUCCAUUAACCCUUGGAAAUAGACAUCUUGUUCGUUUUUUGAACCUUUCUCGUAUAAUGCUCUCAAAACAGCUUCUUUUUCUUCCGUCCUAAAUUUAGUCAUGCAUUUCUUUUUACAUCUAAAAAAAACAAUAUAAUAUUGUUACAAACGAUUGUGUUAUUUUAUAGUAAUAAAGCUUACGUGCAAUCUGCUUUAACCUCCCUUUUGUUGACUAUUUUCCCAGUUUUAGUUGUGUAUUGGCUUCCAAGAAGACGAGCUUUCUUCCUUUCAUUUCUCUUCCAUGUUUCAGGACAUCUUUUUUUUCUUUUACGAUCGAUCAUUUCCGUAUCCGAACUUUCACUGCUAGACAUUUUAAUCACGUAAAAUAUAAGAGGAAACGCGAAAAUGUUAACAUAACCUGCAAACAGGUUACGAUCGAGCUGAAUGCUUACUGACAAACCGUCCAAAAUCAGCUGACUGCGCGACAUGCGCCAUGCGCAUGGUUGAGUGGAAAAUCAGUAUAAAAGUGGGAGUUAUAUCGUUAUUCCACUCAAUGCCAAAUCUGUCCGCUUCGUGGGAGCGUGCACGUAGUGAAUAUUGUACGCUUUUUCCGCUCAGUAGAAGGAUCCUGUGUUGAAGAACAUUUUGGCUAUCUUGGUUUAAAAUGCCUUUUUUGGGAGUUAUAUCGUUUUUCCACUCACCGUUUCACUUGUAGUCUAAAGUAACACCUCUGAGGUAAAAUCACUUGUCAUAUUUGUUGUUAAAAAACAUGUACAUAUUAAUGGAGUAAGAAAGAUUUCUCUACAUUCUAUUAGUCACUACCACAAUGUUAUCAAUGGCAAAUUAUGUUUCCCAUUAAAUAUUUUCUCCUGAAAAAGUUGAAACAAGAUAUUCCAUUGACAUCGGAAAACUCUUAUACAUAUAUAUACUGGAACACAUAAUCCUGCAGUAAGGCGUUUUGGUUGCCUUAUUUUCGUUAAAAUUUCCUUUCUAUUGGCAAAAUUGUACCAUAGUAUUUGAUGUCACAGAUCAAAAUAAUCACAUGUACGAAUUGAGUUGAAAAUUUUGACCCCUCAACGAAUCAUUAGUAGUUAAAUAUGAUCUUUACAUUCUUAAAGAAGUAUAGCCUUGAGUAGGUCAUAGGUUUGAUGCACAGAAUAGCGGCGACACUGAAGACGACCAGAAUGCCGGAGAGCUAACUUAUGAUGAAUUUAGAAUCACCUUGCCAAAACCCACAUUUCACGUUAAAAGAUGUCUUAGUACUUACAAUGUGUAUAAAUAUUUGUUGAUGUUUGGUCACAAUAAUGAUAGAUUUCACUUAUGCAAAGCUUUUAAAUUGUUAUGUGCAAUUAUAUUUGAUGUUUAUAGUAACAAAAGCACGAAAAAUUCAAUCUUUUUUCCAACAAAACAUGAGAUUUGUAAAACUCUACAAGUCCAGAAUGCAAUACUAUAACCUAUUAAAACAUUUACUCGUGUCAAAACAAACACGAUCACACGAUUGCCGCAUUUGUUUGCUUGUUGCUGCCCUACCUAGGCCCGUUUAGGAAUGCACGUAUUUGAACGUAUCGCCCUGGUGUGUUUUGUAAAAUGCAUCAACUAAGAAGUCGGUGGACAGUCCACUUUCAUCUCCAAAUGAGGUUAGUUUUUUACUCUCCUGCCUUUCUUAAUUCGAACAUUUUGGUAACCAGUCUGCAAAUAAACUUAUAUAAACGUCUGGGAUCUAAUAGGGAUCUUUAAAACAUACCAAAUUUUCUUAUAGUAUUUAUAUUGUCAACAGUAUAAAAUAUUGUAUUCAUUCUAAAUCAUCAGUUAAACUGAUGUUAAUAAUCUGUUGUAUACUAUCCAUUAGUAUGUGUGCAUGUAAUGUACUUAUUGAAAUAAUUUGUGAUUUUACUUAGUGAAUUUAUGCACAAACCAUAAGG